CCGACUCUGAAGAGGAGGUGGGAGGAGCAAACACAGGGAACCUGAGAGUCACAGCAACAGCAGGAGCACACAGCUGAAGUUGAAAGGAGCACACCUCGUGUUCAGUCUAUUUACACUCCUGGUUUUCACUGAAGAGCCACUGAGGAUGUGAGGAGGGCCGCUGAAGAGAGACAGAACUUCACCUCUGUGUUUGUUAUUUACGCUCAGAAAAAGAGGACAGAAAAGUGGGGGAAGAAGCGAAUAAACAGUCCAAAAGAACCAUGUUUGCCUUCAUAUUUUUCAUCCUACUUGUUCCACUCGUGAUUUUGUCAUCGACACGUAAGUAGCCCGCAACAUUUAUUGUAACUGACACACGAGUUAUCUAGCUACUGUUUAUAUUUGGAUGCUACAAACCAGCAAAAUGAGCAUUUAAAAUCAGCUAUUUGACAACUUCUUACAGCUCAUUUUACGGAGUGAAUCCUCUUAUAUUGUAGCCUUUCAUUUUAGUUAAAAGGACCCUCAGUUUAUUGAUGGGCCAAUUUUGGGAAGAAGAUUUCCACGAAGUUUGCAAAAUAUCACUUUUUUCAAUUUGAGAAAACUUGUAAAACAAUUCAUAAAUAUAUAUUCAUAAAACAUUUUUCAGACACAAGUUUUCUGAUUAUUUUCAGUCAAUAUGUUUGUGGCCUGCAUGAAUUAAAACAAACAGUUCUGCCUUAAAUCACUUUUUGUUUCUGGGGCUCUUGUUUCAGGAGUUAUUUUUAUGAAUCUUCUUAUAGUAGCUUAAUGAAAUAACAGCAGUAGUUGAAAGUGAAAUUUAAGCCAAGUUCCCAUCCAACUUUAUUAACCAUACAAUACCGCCAGUAAAAUAUAAACACUAUUAAAAAAGGAUAACCACCUUUUAAAAUUUUCUGGAAGUUGGAAAAUAUAAAUGAUCUGUAAAACUUCACAUUCUUGAAUAAAUCCAUAUAGAUUCAAAAAAGGAGAUGAAGAAAGUUUGUCAAGAUUGCACUGAAACAAUAAAUGACAGAUUUAGCCUUUCCCGCAGAUGCCUAGGCUCAUAUACACAAUGUUUUUGCGUGAUGGCAAUGCACAAAGCCAUGCAAUGUAACAAGAAAUGGACACAUAUUUAUGGGAAGUGUAAGGAAAAUGUUGUGUAAACUGUUUCAUCAUGUACGUUGAACCUUAAUAUUGAUAUCAAAGCAGAAUCUUCCCACAUGUUAAUGACUUUUUUAAUCCUUGUAUAUUUUCUUUAUGUUAGAUGGCACUGAAUUCAGUUAGAUGGCAGCACAUGUAUUUAAAGCUUAUCUGCUGUCCAUCAAUGUUAAAACUACACACUGACCUCUGUAUCUCUGUGAGGAAGAAGAGCAGUAGUAACAUUCAGAUACACAGUAGAAGGUUCCUCGUUGGCGUCAGUCGUAGGGUAAACUUUGAGUCAAAGCUGUGUGUGUGUGAAGGUGUUCCAGGAUUUUUACACCAUGGUGACCUAUGUGACUGAUCCCACAGAGGCUCCAUAAAUCCACUUCAUUACCAGGUCAUAAAUAUAUGCCGAGCUGCUGCUCUGUGCCGGUGCAGUGCUUUUCUUAUGGUGAAAAUAGACUUGUGCCUUGCAGAUGCAUUCGAGAUCUUAAAAUUCUGCUCAGAUGGGUAGCUGCUCAGGUUUUAAUGCAUGUCAUAUAGGGGGAAAAAAAGAAAAUUAAAUGUAGGGGAAAAUGGAAACACAGCAGGACCUCUACACUUUGUUGCAUCAAAUGUUAAAAAAUCCUAUCUGGUGAAUAUAAAGUUAUGGGUGCAUGACAAAUUAGAGUCAUUAAAAAGUAAAGGUCCACUGGUCUAGGCAGCUGAAGUUUACCAAAAGAGAAAUGUUGUGGGUACUGACCAUUAUCAGGCAUCAAACAAACAAAAACGAUGCAGACACUCUGUAGAUGAUACAGCAAUAACAGGAACAAAUAAAACUGGUUUCUUUUAAAAUGUGUAUUUCAAAUUAGUCAUGGUUCAAUCGUGGUUUAAAAAUGUUACUUGAAAGAUACUGAAAAUCAUUGAAGUCAUUAAUCAGAUAAAUAAAAAAUGCAGGUUUGGGUAUCACAUAAGAUGAACCUGUUAUCCGGUAAAGUAAAAGCAUAUCAGAAGGAAAGCAAAUGUGUAAUUUUUAGAUAACCACCAAGGCUCAAAAGGUUUUUUUUUUUGUUCAUUUGUCCACCACCCAGAUGUAGCAGUGAUCUCCCCUCAGGAUCCAGUCCUGCAGAUUGGCUCCUCUCUGACAGCUACUUGCACGCUCAGUCCUGAGUCUGGCCUCCACGCCGGGUCCUUGUACUGGACUCUGAACGGGAUGAUUCUGUCCAGCAGCACCUACACUGUGCUGAGCCCUGACGUCCUGAGCGUCACACUGCGCAACCUUAACGGCUCCCAGCAGCAGUCUGGAGACAACCUAGUGUGUCACGGGGCAGGUGGACACGUCCUGGCUGGAUCAUGUCUCUACGUAGGCAGUAAGUGUAGUUUACGAAGAGUCAUGCAUAGAUGCGUGUUCAGGAUGGGUGAUCAGGCUGAUACGGGAUAUUUAGAAGUUUAACUCAAUUCUUUUGACAUUUAUUUUUCUUUUCAGUGCCUCCGGAAAAGCCGGUCAAUAUAACAUGUUGGUCUCGCAACACAAAGGACUUAAGCUGUAAGUGGAGCCCAGGAGGGCGGGGUGAGACCCACAUCAAAACCAAAUACACCCUCAAGUACAAAUUGAGGUGAGCCCUUCGACGUGCUGCAGCUCACAGGUGAUCACCUCAUCCAGUACCACGCUAAAUGGUGAACAGGCAGUAGAUGCAGUUGUGUCGCCUCAGCAUAACAUACUACCCUGCGGUGCAGACGCUGCAGUGUAUUAUUCUUUAUGUGCGCUGAAUGUCAAAAGCGGUGAGUUUGCAUUUCAGAAACAAAAGCACAAGUUGUUUUUUGUUAUUGUGUUUGCUGUUUUUCAGGUGGUACGGAAAGGAGAAGGAGUGUGAAACUUACGGCACAGGGAAGCAGCGUUACUCCUGCUAUGUCCCCCGCAACCUCGCUCUCUUCACUCCAUAUGAGAUCUGGGUGGAGGCAGCCAAUCAGCUGGGCUCUGUCACCUCUGACAUCAACACUCUGGACAUCCUAGAUGUAGGUGUGUAAGUAAACUUCCUCGUUCCCUGUCAUUUACUUUUCUUUUCCUCUCCUCUCUGACAUUUGUUUGUCUGCAGAUGGCUAACAAACGUCUCUUAUGCUCCUACCAACCACAUCACAGGUUUCUGUCUACACUUCUCAAAGGUAAACAGAUGAAUUGUAAAAUUAUGCAGGAUACCUGAUGUUAUAGAUGACUGCUUCAAGACCCUCAUUAUGAUAAAUUAAGAGCAGUAGCAGCUAUUUCUAAUGAAUAAUCCAUCACUAAUUUAAAAGCAUUGUUUCUAAGCACCAAGUUUUGUUUUCCGUGACUGAUCAUCCCAUUCCUCUGCUCUUCUUCACUCCAAAGUAAAGGAUAACUCAGAGCAGAGAGGGAUGUGUUCUGCCUCAAUGACAGAAAUAAUAAGCUCAGAGAAUAUUUGUUGGCUCUCUCUCUUUCUCUGUUUGGUUAAGUGGAGUAAAAGAAAUAAAGAACUUCAGCGGAAAAAUGGCAUCAUAAACAGCAGUGAUGUUUGAAGCAGGAAACACUUUUACGAGACAUUUAAUAAGACCUUUUAUGAGUGUCUUUCUUUGUCUUUCGUGCUGCUGUCCUCUUUAUCUCUCCCUCUGUCUAUCUCUCCCAUAAGAGCUGGUUUUGUUUGUAACUUUUAUGGCAGUAGUUAAUUUGUUUUAAACACAUAAAACAGUUCGUACACGGCUGCACACACUCACACAUAAACAUAUCAUAUUACAUUUGGGUUGAGAGUACAUCUGGUAUAAAGUAAACUGCAUGAUUUUCCCACUUGAAUUUUCACUUGUUUUUCCUCACAUGUACCUGUACUACUAAUAAUUAAAUCAAUCAAUCAACCAAUCAAUCCGUCUUUAUUUAUAUAACACUUUUCAGACGUGACCACGCAGCAAAAAGUGCUUUACACAGAAAAAAGAAUAAAAGAAACAAAGAAUACCCAAAUCUACCCCAGCCCAACCACUUAUCCCCACCCCUCGAUCUAAACACAACAGAGACGUAUUAAAAUGCAUUCACUUAAGAAGGGCUUGAUUUCAUAGAAACAGGAGUGUGCGCACCAAGGAAACACCAUUUUAAAAUUCAAGAUAAGGAAACAAAGGAGGUUAGUUUAAAAUCUAAAAACAAAGUAACAUAGAAUGAAAUUUAAUAAAUAAUAAAUACAAUAAAAUAAAAACAACAGUAAAAGAUACUUAAAUAAGAGCACCAAAAAAGCUCAAUAAAAGACGAUCCUGUCAUUAAAACUAGAAAGAGAUAAAUGCUAAAAAACUUAAACAAAGUUAAUAAUAUAAAAUUUAGUUAAAAGCAAGACUAAAUAGGUACGUUUUGAAUUUAUUUUAAAAACCAAUGUAUGUGUGCAAGGACAAAAAGUCAACAUGCAGUACUUUGACCAUGUGGUAAAACAGACUGAAAUGAAGUGAAAACAAAGUGUUUCUGAUGAAAUUCAAAGCAGCGUGGAGAGACAUACUACACUUUCAAUACUAUAACCUUAAAAACAUACUAUAUGCUACAUAUUUUUAAUAAAAUGUUUGUGUUUAAUAAAAUGACUGUCUUCUUCUUUUUCUGGUACCGACAUUAACAUACUUCAACAUUUGCUGUCACUGAAAUUAUUUCACAGACAUCAAUGAAACCUCUUGUAUCCUGAAUCCUUGCACCACAUACUAAACACCUGCUGUAUACAAACUUAAUGCAACUUGUCCUUGUGCUUUCAGUGACCACAGACCCUCCUGCCAAUGUUCAGGUGAGCCGUGUUGGCGACCUUGACGACCAGCUGACAGUCCGCUGGACCAGCUCUCGUGAACUCAAGGACGUCCUGUUUCAGGCCAAAUAUCAGAUACGCUACAGACUGGAGGAUAGCACUGAAUGGAAGGUGGUGCACACACACACCCACACACACGCAUGCAUUAUACCAUACACACACUUUUCUUUGUAGCUUUGGAAAUAUGUGAGGUGCAUUAAUGACUGUCCUGUGUAAAAAUGAACAGAACAGUAACUCUUACUGCCUGAUUAUAUUAUGUUUGAAUAUAGGGGGCAUUGAGCGGCAUUUAGUAGAAUAGACUCAGUAAAAAUGUAAUAUUUGUGUGCGUUUUAGUGUAAAAUCACCAGAACCUGAAUUUCAUUUGGACCUUUUUAACUCAGCAUGAAUUUUUUAUACCUGCAGAGAAGCAGGUCUCGGGCCACAGAGGCUGCCAUCCUGCACUCCUAUGUUUCUUCUGUCACAUUAAAAGAUCAAACAAGUAAAAUAUGUUUUUUUUAUUCGAUGAGUGGCCACAUGAAACCCACAGACUGGGAGAUUGAGAAGAAGAGAACGGUUGUUGGGUGCAAAAACAUUUGUAUAAACAGAUGAUUUUGAUGGGAAUCACUUGACAAAAGAGGCUCUUACUCCAUCGUGCAUCACAGAUGUUUCUUGUCUUCAAAGGCCACCAUCAAUCCACUGACAGGAGAGGUGAGCAAGGGAGCGUUUCAAUCUGAAAUCUGACUGCUAGAUAUUGCUUGAUAUUCCCAUUUCUACACGCAGCACCUUUAAGUAAAUAACAGCCUCUGACGAGCGUAGGUGAUCCUUUUUCAGAGCUCGGCUUUGAUCCAGAAGUCUGGCAGUCAAGCCUUCAGAGAAGUGUUUCUUUAAAACAGCCUCUUUGAUGUUUUUUUGAACCAACAGCUUUUAUUUUUUCCUCCGGAGUGUCUUUGAUUUCUUAAUUCCCUUUUUAAGGGGAGAAUUAAGGGAAUAAUAUUAAUAUAAAGUUGAAGCCGCUGUUAUAAAGAUAAUCCUCAAAUAGUAUCAAAGUGAGAAGACAGCAUCAAACACCUCUUUGCAUUUUGAUGAGGAUUUGGAGUUUACUUACCUCUAACUGAUCACAUUAUCCAUGUAAAUACAGUCUGUAGAACUGUCCAUGCUGUCCAUACUCCAAUUUAUUAAAAAUAUUAAAAGUAUAGUAUUUAAAAGUAUAGUAUUUUCUGCUCAUGUGGUCAUGUGACCAACAAUAAAACAUGUGACUCAGCACGAACGUACCAUAGGCAACAUGACAUUGACUCUGUCAGACAAAACACUGGAAACUUUGUCAACAGAGCGCUUUAUGAUGCUAUGAAAACAUAAAUUAUAACGAUUAAAGGAAAAGAAAUGCUUAUUGAUUUCUAUUGACAAUGUAACUGGUCUGAAAUAUCAUCAGAUGCUAUGUUUUGUGGACCUCUCUCACAGGUUGUGGAUGAUGCCGGUAACCAGACAUCUUGCCGGCUGGCAGGCCUCAGACCUGGGACUGUCUAUUUUGUCCAAGUGAGGUGCAAUCCAGUGGGCAUCUACGGCUCCAGAAAGGCUGGCAUCUGGAGUGAGUGGAGCCAUGCAGCCGCUGCCUCGACUCCGAGCAGUCGUGAGUACCUAUAUAAAUACUCAGAGCUCAUUCACUUCAUGCCAUCAAAUCAAGCUGAUGUUUAAAAGCAAAAUCAAAGUCUCUCUAUUCAUUGUGUGUGUCGUGACAAAAAACACUUCCUGAAUGUCUGCAGCACUCAGAAAUCUUGACAAUUCCUCCUUCCUAAUAAUCAACCUUUCAUCAUCAAUUAAAGCUUAAAAAAAAAAAAGUCUUCAUCCCAGAGUCAACAUCCUGAACAAGCAGAUCCAAACCGCAUGUGACCCAGGAGGAAGCACACUUCCAUGGGGCCAGAUAUCUUGAUAGAGAUCUCCUAGCAGAGGAUUAGAGGGUCCUGCAAAAAGCCGGGGGGACGUUUGAUAGAUUCUUGUCGUCAGCUUCAAAGAUUGAUCAGGUUAAAAAGCUGCUCCACUGUCUGCACGCACACUGGACCUAUAAAGCCUGAGUGGAAGCAGGUUUGGAGGCAGGAGGAGCAGCUAAUGAAUUACAUUGGUCAUGUGGUGUUUACUCCCUGGAGGGAGGAAGUCGUUAUCAGGCUCUGUUAUUUGCUAUAAAGAAUUGAUUGAAGAAGACUUUCAGUAGCUUUUAGUGCCGGGAAAGCAAAAUGUAGGGACUCACUACCAGAGUUUGGAACUUGAAAUUGAGGAAUAUUUCUUCCUGUAUGAAAGUGUAUAAAUCCUACUUUAGCAAAUUAAGCAAGAUAAGUCAUCAUAUUGUCUAUGAAGAAGUUCUUUUUUACUAAGGGUCUCUGCAGAACAGAGUAGUGCAAAAUGUUAUCUCAGUAAAACAACUUUUAGUUAUACACCAGAUUAUUAUUAUCAUUUUUAAAUUAUUAUUAUUAUUAUUAUUAUUAUUAUUAUUAUUAUUAUUAUUAUUAUUAUUAUUGUUAUUAUUGUCAUUACUAUUUAUUAAUAUUAUUAUUAUUAUUAUUGUUAUUAUUGUCAUUACUAUUUAUUAUUAUUAUUAUUAUUAUUAUUAUUAUUAUUAUUAUUAUUAUUGUUGUUGUUGCUGUAGUUGUUAUUAUUGUCAUUACUAUUUAUUACUAAUUAUUAUUAUUAUUAUUAUUAUUAUUAUUAUUAUUAUUAUUAUUAUUGUUAUUGUUAUCAUUUUGUGAUAGUUGUUGUUGUUGAUAUCAGUUGCAUAAAAAUAUAUUAAUAUAGGGCUACCAUAUCUUAAGUUUUUAGCUCAGUAGUUCAUCCACAAUGCUAAUACCUGUUUGCUUACAUAUGUGAAUACAAAUGCUAACACAAUAUAACAAUUCAGUGUAGUGCUAUAAUAUGAACUGAUGAUUCUGUGACUCCAGGACUCUUUUCAUCCUUUCACCAUCAUAUGUUCUGGCACAGACACAGACGGGAAGACUUUAAUGUAAAUACUACAGCCCGCUACAGCUUGCUCCUACACAGAUAGGAUAAAUAUGUGCCACGUAAUGAUCUUAACUUGAAUGUUAAAAUAGCUCACUAACUGUUAACUAUUUUCAUGUGACAUAUAAAUCAAACCAGUGCUUUAACACGGACGAAUAAGAGGAUAUUUUAAGAUUACAAUUUAGGCUAAAUAUACAAAGAAACAACAAUAGGAGAGAAAAUACACAGAAAAGGGGCCGUAAAUCACUAAACAAACUCACAAUCAAGUUCAGAGGUCCUACCACUAACACAUAGAUGCUUUAACACUAUUACAGUUUUGGGGAGGUAAAAUAACCCUGUUGUUUGGUAAACAAGAUACCUGCAUGAAAUACAUGCACAAAUGUGCCAAUCAACACCUAACCUAAAGUAGAGGCUGAAAAACAAUGUCCUGAGUUUUGCAUCUGAUGUAAAUUUCAUUUUAUAAGAAGUCAAAGGGUCGCAAAGUCCUAACCAGUUAUCUGUGCUAAACAAAAAUGAAUAUGGGUCAAAAAUGUCAGCGUAAAACCUGUAGUGAUUGUAAAGGUACUUCAGUCAGAAUCAACUGAAAGAAAAUCACAAACACAUAAAUCUUUUUUUUUGUCAUUUGUAUUCAGAGUAGCUGAUCAUGUGAUUCAGCUUUAAAGAGGUCUAACAAUAUGGGUGAAAAAUUGAGAAAAAAUAUGAAUCCAACAUGUAUAAAAUACAGUAUUAAACAAUAAUGACGGCAAAUGGUGGCAAAAUGUUGAGUUAUGGUAUAUAUCAGUGAACAAGUGCAAAAAUUAUGCCUUUCAAAUCCACAAGGAUUUAGUGAACAACUUGUGCAUUCAUCUGUCCUUCACCUCGUGUCAACUUAACUCGACUCUCAUCUUCCCCUUUCUACUCUCACACUCCUUUGCCUCCUCCCCCCCGCUCCUCUCUUCUCCCUCUCAGAGUGGCUGCAGACUGGUUCCUGUGAUUCCAAACCCAGCGAGCAGAACUCCACCCUGCGGCGAGAACUCAAGCAGUUCUUCGGCUGGGUCCGCAAGCACGCAUCCAGCUGCAGCGGCAUGUCAAUCAAACUGUACGACCAGUGGAGGGUGUGGCUGCAGAAGACACACAAAACACGCAUCCAGGUAGGUAAGCAGAAUCUCCCUCUCUCUCUCUCGCCCUCUCUCUCCUGAGCUUCACUCACUGUCAGUCUCUGCUGCAGUACAGAGAUUCUCUGACCCUGCCUCUGUGAAGUCAUGUGGUCAGCUUUUUUUAACAAACACAAAGACGUCUGACUCUCCACGAGACCGCUGGCUCUGUAAAGUUUCAGCCUAUGCUUAAUGAUAAAGGUAAAAAUGUGCGGUUUUAACUUUACGGCCCCAGAAGUAGAUGUGCUCUCAGUCAUGCACUUUGAUUUUAUUGCAUAUUUGAACGAUGAAGACUUUUGAUCUUUAUCUAAAAACCACAACAAAGAGGUCUAAACAUAUAAAUGUCAUUAAAAGCCUGUUGUGUUGUUUCUGUUCAGCUCUUCUUUUGUUGUGAGAAGCCGCCUUUCAAAGAGAAACCCUGUCCAAAUGUGUUUUCGUGACUUUGUGAUGAGUUAACAGCCGUCAGCCACAUCCUCAUACUCACAGAAACCUUCACUUACCUCAUUCAAUUAGCCCAGCAGUCUGCAUGUUUUUGUGCUUUAUAGAGCACACGCUGUCUCCUGAAUAAUGUGUUUGUUCCUUAGCCGUGACAAGUUCACAUUGAUUACCUUGAGAGAAAGCGAAGGGGAGGGUGAAAGGCUCACGUGCAACAUACUAAUAAUUAUAAAAGCGGAGAUGAUGCAAUAAAGGACACAGAGAAAACGAGGGAUGAGAGGAAAAUGGCAGUCAGACAGAGCAGCUAUUGUGAUGAUGAUGAUUCUGGGUUAUAAGGUUUUACUCUUCGAUUCAUCUCAGGGUGAACCAUCUGUUUUUGUCUUUUCAGGUUUUACAAGAAGAUAAUUCAUAGCAUCACCACUCAGGAUCACUGUGGGGUUUAAUUCAAGAACAGGUUACUGGCCUUGCUGUGAGAGGUCCAAUGUCUUGCCAAAAGGAUACCGUGUUCAGUCGUAAAUCUUGACUGGGGUUUAAAGGGCCCGGGUGGAAGAUAACCUAAGUGAGACAAUGCAGCCUUUUUCCGCUGUUUCCGUCAGCCUUCACAGUCUUUUAGAUCUCUUUGCAGUAAAAGUCAGGCCCUUAGUAUGUGCACUUUUUUUCUGACAGUUGAAAAAGUCGGUUCGAGUUCAAUCCGCGUCCCUUUGCGGCAUUUCACCCCUCGCUCUCUCUUCCCAGUUUCCCACUCAGUUCAUUCUCCUGUCCUCUGAAAUAAAAAAAGAUUUGAUAUUCCCAUUCUUAACAAAAUAGUGCACUGGAUAAAAGAUUGAUAAAAACUGAAUUUGUAGCUUUGGUGAACAUUUAAACCCUAGAUGUAAUUGAAACCCUAUGUUUAGCUGAAAUAGUGAAAAUACAACUUAUCAAAUGUUCAAACUUAAACAUUUUUUAAGUUAUGAAAAAUACUGCAAUGCUCAUUUUAAAUUUCAUACUAGCAAUACAUUUUAAGAAAGUUGGAACAAAGGCAUAUCAACCAUUUAUCUUAUCCUCUAUUAACAACACUAUAAAUGUAUAAAGGAAGCCAGUUUCUGGAGUUAAGAAAGUGAAAUGUUGCCCUAUUGUUACCUAACACAAGAUUUCAGCUCCCUGACAGUUUGGGUGUCCUUGGCUGUAUUUUUUGUGACAUGAUGAUGUGCCAAAUGUUUCGAAAGGUGAUAUUUCAAGACUGCAGGCAGGCCUGUUAAGUUUAAUAAGCAAGGGCUCGCCCAAAAAAAUUGCCCUGUCUGUACGGCGGCAUAAGCUGCUCCAAAACUGGUAUGAAGGAAAUUGUUCAGCAUGAACAUGGUUCCUUCCAAAAUGUUUCAAUUACUCAUACUAUGGGCACUAACUAUGCACUUAUAACAAGCUGGGUAGUCUAUGUCAUCUCAUGAGCAAAGGACAUCACAUUCAUGGUUUGUAAAAAGAAUGUCAAUUUUUGAGUCAUUAGACCGCAGCUGCCACUGUUGGUCUUUAUUGGGCCCAGGCUGAGAAAAGUUGCCUGUAUUUCUGGAUCAUGUUUAUAUGUGUUUUCCUCUUUGGAUAGUAAAGUUAUAUCCUGCAUGUGCAGAUGUAGUGAUGAAUGUAUUCAUAGAUAGUGGUUUUUAUAAAAUUGUUGAACCGUGUGCUCUUAACAUGUCCCCAUGUGCUUUUAACCCCCAAUAAACUAAUCUAAACAGUG